AUGUUUAAUGGACAACUUGUAAAUUGUCUUUCUCAGAUCUCCUUUUUGGACGCACUGGAAGAAGCUGUGGGUGACAUCGGCAGCCGUGACCAGAGCGCUCGGCCACUUGUUCGGGACGCCAUCAUUCGUGUCUGUGCUCUUUUCGUGAAUCGUUGUGGUGAUUUUAAAGUCUAUGCAGAAUAUGCGGCCGGUUAUCUACGACUCUUACAGGAACUCACAUCUAGAAAGGAUUUGCUAGCUAGCUUAGAGGCAGCGAACAGUUCGAAAGAACAGCAUUCCUCUUACGAGUCACGUAUGAUCAAGCCAGUACAGCGAGUUGUUCAGUACCCACUAUUGUUGAGAGCCAUUCAGUCGUGUUGUGAUCAAGACAGUCUACAAGCUAAGCAGGUUGAGAUAGCUCUUCAAAAAAUGCAAACAUUAGCAGAGUAUGUGAAUGAAAUGCAACGAGUUCAUGAGGAGUACGCACCUCAUAUCGGCAUCAUCCGUAAGCAGAAUGAGUUGCUAUUUAAGAAGAAGGGCUUACGAAUCGACAUCCGAGAUUUGUUGAUAUUUGCUCACGUUCAAUGGCUAAACACUGAAAAAUCUAUGCUGGAAUAUGUGAUUUUCGUCUUUCAAACCAUCCUUCUUUUACUUCCGCGAAACAUCCGCAGAGAUUGCAAGGUGAGUUGUUCAUCAGUUUGUUAG